AUGGGCGGUAACGAUUCCGGAAAGGGUUACUCAUAUAGAGGCUCCGGCACCAACAGCCAGGGCAACCACUGGUGCUCCCGUGACUACGGCAGCGACGCCCCCAAUCAAAACCCCUACCACUACUCGAAUAGGCGAGACUUUGACGGCUCCUACUACUAUUCCAACCCGGAUGGCAGCACCUACCACAAUAAUGGCAAGGGCGACUACUGCUACUCCGACCCUGAUGGCGGCAAACACUACAGCGAUGGUAACGGCGGUUACUCCUCUACUCCGUCUUCUUCUUCUUCUUCCUCCCAGGAACAGAAGUGA